GUGUGAAGAAGCCUCCAUUAGCUCCCAAACCUAAACUCCCUGCCACCACCAAACCCUCUCCCCCGCCCAUCGCCCCCAAACCCGGCCUUCUCUCCCAGUCUUCAGCCGUCUCCCAACCUUCUCCUGCCACUCUCAAACGAGAAAAACCGGCUGUCGCUCCCAAACCAUGCAUCCCCAAAUCCACAGCCUCGUCUCCUCCUGUCUCGCCCCCGCCACCCAAACCCAGCGACCUCCUCGGCGACAGCCUCUCCUUUCUCAACUCCAGGAAUGGGAUUUUAUCAGAGACAAACAAACGGGACUCGGAUUACAUCAUUCCCACCUGCUCCUGCGGGCUCGGGGACUGCUCCCAGUGCCAGCGGCUUGAAAACGGAACUGAGAUUGAUUUGCACAAAGUGCCACUGCAGAACGGGAUUUCUACAGAAGAGAUGAGGCCGCAGGAGAAAAACCAGGAGGAGGGAGUCGCUGUGGAGAAGGGUGACGGGAUUAUCAAGAAGCCGAGGGAUAAACCUCAAAGACAGAGACACCUGAACAAAGAGGUGCAGAGGACUGAGGAGCAGAAACAUCCGGAAAGUGAGCCGGACGUUUCCAAAGAGACUCAAAACACACAUCUAAUAAACUCUAAGUCGGCCUGUGAUGUUGCAGGCAGCAUCAUUUUCUCCCCAAGCGUCGCUCCUCGUGAGCCGUCUGCAGAGGUCGAAUGCAACGAGCCAGUCAGCAAAGCGUCUCCCACCAGGUUGCACCCGGAUCUGCAGGUCCCUGCUGCACCCAGUAAGCCUCUCCCGGUGCCUCAGCCACGCAAAUUUAAAAAGCCAGCUCUGGUGAGGCAGGAUGGCGUGGAGGGCUGCGUGCAGGAUCAAGUGCCAGAGGAUGAGGUUAAGCUGAGUCUAGCUGGUCUGUGUCUCAGUUCAGAGGAGUUCAAACAGGACACAUGUGAGCUUUUAGCCCAGACAGACUUGGGAGAGGACGAGACGGACGUGCCCGUCCCGCCUCCUCGCCAGACCUCGCUCUCCCCUCGCCUGCACAGAACAACUCGCACAUGUCUAAACAAAAACACCUCCCACUCCUUAGUCCACCUCUCACACGCUGACUCAGUGAGCCACAAAAAAGACGGUGAGGAGCACCAGGUGGAGGAGGAUGAGGAGGACGGGUACGGCGACUUUGAGCGCUACCCGAUCACUCACAGCCUCCCCAAGCAGAUCAAACUCGGCUGUCAUCCUCCCUUGGUGAACGCGAGGAAAGCGUUCUCCGCCGAGGAUCAGCCGUCACCAAGGGCGCCGCCAAGAAAACCUCAGAGACACAGCCUCCCAGCGCCCCCUCCGCCCUCUAUCUGCCCCCCUGCGCCUCCACACGCAAACACACCAAUGAGGGAGCUGCCCGCGCCUCCUCAGGAGAAAGCAGCGUGGCGUUUCACCCGACCCUGCGUGACCUUCUUCAGCCGGCAGAUUCCCACCAGGAGCAGCGUGCCGCCAAAGGGUCGAGCCUCGCCGCUGGGGGGGAAGCAGAGGGCGCAGUCUUUCUCCGCAGCCGACCUGGCGACCCGAGCCGACCCUCAAAAGAGGAGUCUGUCUUUCCGGAAGCUUCUGGAGCUCCGGCUGUCUGUCAAGAUGCUGCCGAAGCUGCUGGCGAAGGGAGGGCAGUCUCUGGACUGUACCAGUGUGGAGUCAAAGCGGGGGGAGAGGAGCCUGGAGCGGCCCAACAGCUGCAUCGUGGAGUCCGAUAUGUGCGGAGAAAACGGGGAGGGAUCUGUGGAGUAUGAGAACGUCCCUCUGUAUGAGGAGAUCCCCGAGUACAUGAACCUGCCGUUUCACAGUGCGAGGCUGGGCUGGUCACAUGACACAGACGGAGCAGAUUCAGACAUCUAUGAGGUGCAGGAUCCAUAUCACAGGUGCCACGAACACGAGUACGAGAG